AUGUUAGCCGCAUCACCCAACCUCACAUCGAAGACGCUAUUUUCGAAUCGGCCACUCUCGUUAUCCAUGUUAACCGGAAUCAGAAACUCCUUCGUAUUACCCUUGAGGACAUGUCUAAAGCCGACACCUCUCCGACUCGUGUCGUGGCCACCACGCGGUUCUUCUUCUUCUUCUGUUAGGGCCAUGUCAUCGUCUUCUUCUUCAAUGGAAGAGACCGUUAAAACGACGGUAGCGGAAAACUCUAUCGUUGUUUACUCCAAAACCUAUUGCUCAUACUCGUCCCAAGUGAAGACAGUGUUCAAGAGACUUGAAGUUGAGCCACUGGUUAUUGAAUUGGAUGAGCUUGGUUCGGAGGGUUCGCAGCUGCAGAACGUGUUGGAGAAACUUACAGGACAAUACACUGUUCCCAAUGUUUUCAUCGGAGGCAAGCACAUUGGUGGCUGCUCAGAUACAUUGGAGCUGUACAAUAAAGGAGAGCUAGAGCCAAUGAUAGCUAAAGCAAACGGAAAAACCGGUCAGACUUGA